GGUACCAUCGUCUGAGAGUGCUUCAUGUACUUUGAUACGUUCAGGUGACGGCAGUGUACUCUGCAGGUGGUGCACUCAAAACAAAGCUGCGUCCACGAAGCGAAAACACUGCAAAGCGCAUCCUCCAAAAGUGAAAAGACCUUACGUCAAUUCUGAACUAUGGAGCGCUCAAAACAGAGUCACGAGAAUGAAGCUGACAGUAGACAGACUACAAACGAAAGUUCAAUAAACGGACACAUUGACGGCUUGGUAAAAAAAGACAACCGGACCUUGGUAGGCCUGUCUCAAGGGACGGGGACGGCCGGUGAGUCGAGUUCGCACACAGGGUCCUCCGUGGUAGAGGGCUGGAAGCAUGAGCGCACCCGAAGUAUGGAAGACAAUGAGAUGAGCUUGCCUAGUCUUGCUGCUGCCUACACCACUAUUCUCCGGGGUCUCGGGGAGGACCCGCAAAGACAGGGACUUCUAAAAACUCCGUGGAGAGCCGCGACUGCCAUGCAGUUCUUCACCAAGGGCUACCAGGAGAAAAUCAUAGACGUGCUGAACGACGCCAUCUUCGACGAGGACCACGACGAGAUGGUGAUCGUAAAGGACAUCGACAUGUUCUCCAUGUGUGAGCACCACCUGGUGCCCAUCUUUGGAAGGGUCCAUAUAGGCUACCUCCCCAAUAAGAGGGUGCUGGGCCUCAGCAAGCUGGCCAGGAUUGUUGAAAUCUACAGCCGUCGACUGCAAGUUCAAGAGCGGUUGACCAAACAAAUCGCUGUGGCGAUCACUGAAGCUCUGCAGCCUGCCGGGGUGGGCGUCGUCAUCGAGGCAACUCACAUGUGCAUGGUGAUGAGGGGGGUGCAGAAGAUGAACAGCAAGACUGUGACCAGCACCAUGCUGGGGGUGUUCCGGGAGGACCCCAAGACACGGGACGAGUUCCUCACCCUCAUCAGGAGCUGAGAGGGACGGCUGGCCCACAAACCUGCUGCCCAGCCCAACUCAGACCCCUCUCUCCCUGUCGCCUGGCACAGCAAUCUCUGUACGAAGCCUAGAGUCCAGGCUUGCUGGGUGUGUCUGUGAGUUGUGGGUGUGUCUGUGAGUUGUGGGUGUGUGUGUUUUAGUCCAUCCCUCCACCCCCUUCCAAAUCAUCACACACAUCACAUGGUCACAUGACAUAGCUGUGUGUGUACAUGGCAGUCUUACUAAAUGGUGUCUGUCAGGUGGCUCAAUGAUUAGUGUUUAUGGUUGCUUAAUUUAAAGGACUUUUAUCCGGAUUGAACUACCAAAUACGGUAAAGAUACUUGCACCUACAUAGAAACAUCCUAACAUCAAUAUUUUAUCAAUUUUUAUUUUAUUCUUUACUUUUUUCCUGAUAUAUUUUUGCAAGAUAUUUUUAUCCACAUAAGCUAGGCCCAGUAGGACCAUAUGUCAGUCUUAGGGCUCUAUUAAAUCUGUAAAGCUGAAGCAUUAUAGGUUCCACUAUAUACAUUUAAAGGUACCGUAAUUUUCGGACUAUAAGCCGCGCCUUUUUUCCCAUUUUUCGACCCUGCGGCUUAUAUAACGGUGCGGC